UUUGCUAACGAGUCGCGAAGAAAGCAGUACAACAAGCCGCAGAUUACGAGCGAGCGAUUACACUUACAGCGGUUACAAGUGAAGUGUCCAGCAACCAGCGUAACGGCUUUUCGAAGCGGGAAAACAGACCGACCACCGGUGUCAAGUGGGCGAGGGGGAUUGGCGGCGUGAGGCAUUGGAAGAGGAAGCCAAGGAAGUCAAGGAAGUGCAUCAAAUUUGAAAGGAAACAGCUUUAGCUUUCAAGGAAGCAGUACUAGAAUGCCUAAAGCAGUGCCGGAAGGGAGGUAGGACUUGGCAGCCAUACCGGAAAGCAGUUAGAUUCAAGAAAGCAGUCUAGGCGGAAGUGGAUAAACGCCAUUUUCAAAGGAUUGAAAUAGGAAAAGUUAGAAGCAAUUUAUAUAUAUCCAGGAUCGAAAUAUAGAUUGUGCAAUGCACCAUUUUCAAUUAGAAAUCUUUUGUUUAUUCAAUAAAUAAAUCCUCAAGCUCUAAAAGACAUAAAGUGCUAAUUAUUUAAAAGUUUACUUCAUAAAUGUAGCUUACCAAGAUCUAACCGAAAAAAAGUAGUCAUUUUUAAAGCCCCACAGGGGAAGUCCUUUUCCACGUUCGACUUAACAGAAUCCGUUUAACAGGAAGCCAUGCUAGAGAAGCACAGUCAGCGGUGAAAGCAGCGUAAUCAAAUCAAGUGCAUUAGUGCCAGCAACUCCUAUCGCAAUUAAUAAUUAAAUGCGUACUCAAGCAAAGCAACGCCAAUGUACAAACAAACUGAAAGAGCCACUUUAACAGAUCGUCGUCAGGUGGCAUUGUGGUUCACCUGGUCAUGCCUCAUGCUGCACUGCCUCGGCAGCGUCGGCGUGGCGAUGGCGCUGGACUGGCAACAGGUUAAGCCGAUGUACCUGGUCUCCAUGUACCCGGGUCCAUUCGGUCUCUCCACCUCCUCGUCCUCCUCCCUCUCCUCCUCGUCCCCCUUUUCCGGUUCCCUCGAACAUGACGCGGAAAUGAGUGCCAGCAGUAUAGAGAGCCGCCACAUCAAGGAUGAUGGUGUCGGCGGAUUCAGCGAGGAGGAUCUCGAGGAGCGAGAGCCCCUCGUACUGAAUCUGGAGACUACGCCACUGCUGGAGAAGAUGCUGCCGGAAGGCGCCAUGGCCAUGGAUCGCAUUUUUGGCGGAAACGUGGGCAACCCUCACUGCUUUCCUUACCAGGUGGGCAUGCUCCUGCAGCGGCCUAAGGGUCUGUACUGGUGCGGCGGCUCCCUCAUCUCCGAGCAGUACGUUCUCACCGCCGCACACUGCGUGGACAUGGCCAAACGGGCUUUAGUUUUCCUUGGCGCCAAUGAGAUCAAGAAUGCCAAGGAGAAGGGUCAGGUGCGACUGAUGGUGCCCAGCAGUAAUUUCCAAAUCUAUCCCACCUGGAAUCCCAAAAGGCUAAAGGACGACAUCGCCUUAGUAAGAUUGCCGCAUCCAGUUAGCUUUAAUGAGCGCAUCCAUCCCAUCCAGCUGCCCAAGCGCCACUACGAGUACCGCAGUUUUAAGAACAAGCUGGCUAUUGCCUCGGGAUGGGGUCGCUAUGCCACCGGGGUGCAUGCCAUCAGCAAUGUACUCCGGUACGUUCAACUACAAAUCAUUGACGGAAGGACAUGCAAGUCCAACUUUCCGCUCUCCUAUCGAGGAACUAAUAUCUGCACUAGUGGAAGGAAUUCCCGCUCCACGUGCAACGGAGACUCCGGAGGACCUCUGGUCCUUCAACGAAGACACUCCAAGAAACGGGUUCUAGUGGGCAUCACCUCGUUUGGCAGUAUAUACGGCUGUGACCGGGGCUACCCGGCAGCCUUCACCAAGGUGGCUUCGUAUCUGGAUUGGAUCAGCGACGAGACAGGCGUCAGCUCCCACCAAGACACUACAGAGGCAAUCUUCUUCGACCAGUAUGUGCGAGAGUAUGGGAAACCCAGGCAGAGUCGUAGACUAGAGACCGAGGAGCUGCCGGAAGACGAUGUGCCCGAUGAACUCGAUGUUCAUCCCAAUCCCAUUUCCGAUGAGGAUCUCUCCGAGGUCGUUACUCAUCGAACUCGCACCCGCCCACAGUCUGCAGAACACGAGUUCUAUUUCUUGUAAUCCAAAAAUAAACAUUUAUUCUAAGCUCGAAUAAUCGUGUUUACUCUCCGAGGUUGACCACGCCGCUAAUUUCCUCGAUCCAGUCCAGGUAGGAGGUGAUACGAGUGAACACUCCUGGCCAGCCGACCUCGCAACCGAAGGCGAUGCCAAAGGAAGUAGCUCCGAUCAAGGUGUUGCUGCCGUCGUCCAAGACCAGGGGGCCGCCAGAGUCGCCGUUGCAGGUGGAAAUGCCGCCGGUGGUCUUGAUGCAGAUGUUGG